AUGUUCGUUCACGCUCUUCCUGAACUAGUGCCAGUGGGCAUUGUCAAGGAGCUCUAUGUGUACCCAGUGAAAUCCUGCAAAGGAAUCAGCGUUUUCUCGUUCUUCUGCAAUAAAUUGGGAGUGGUUUCUGGAGAAAACGUUGAUCGCCAGUUUGUCGUCGUUGAUGGAAAGAGUGGCAAAUUUUACAGCGGUCGCAAAAAACCGCAGAUGGUCUUGAUCGAAUGUGAAGUUCAUGAUGGCAUUCUCAAUGUGAAAACAAGAGAUGGCAAUACUUUGCAAGUGGAUAUCCAGAAAGUUCGUCAAAAGAGAGUAGUUAGAAGGGCAGCCUUCCAGCUCAACUUACUUGCCGAUGGUCUGGAUUGUGGUGAUGAAGCCGCUGAGUUCUUCUCCAAAGCGUUGGAAGAGCAAGAUGUGCGACUUCUAAUGUACUCCCCUGACUUAUUCAGCGAAAGAAUUUGUGUAACUCAAGAAGACUGGUGGAACAACAACACUGUACCCAAGAGGAAAGAAAAGAGUGGAUUUGAAAACCUGUCACCAUUGAUGAUUACCACUCAAGGGUCGCUGGACGAUUUGAACUCGAAGUUGGAGAACGAGCAGGCUGCCAAGGAGAUAAUGUAUGAGAAUGCCCUAACAGAAUGUGAUGCUAUGCUAUGCGCGUUGAGGACUCGUCUAGCGGAAAUCAAAUACGAGCAUGAUCUUGCGGAAAAAGUAUGUAUGAGGACAUAG